AUGAACACGUCGUCGCCGUCGUUGGGACCUGGAGCGGCAGGCGGAGGCGAGGAGGGCGCAGAGAACACGUACGACAUCCUCCCGCGGCACAAGUUCAAGCAGCGGGUGGCCAAGGCCAUCAUCGCCGAGGUUCUGGACGAGAUGCUCAAGGGCGAGGCGUACCACCCGGAGCAAUCGUCGCGGCUGGCCCGCGAGGUGUCGGACGAGAUCAAGCACAGGCUCAAGGGCCUCGACCUGCCGCGGUAUAAGUUUGCUGUCCAGGUCGUCAUCGGCCAGCAGCACGGCCAGGGCGUCCGCAUGGCCGGCCGCUGCCUCUGGGACGCAGACACCGACAACUCGGCCCAGGAGGUCUACGUCAACGAGUCGCUCUUUUGUGUCGCAGCUGCCUUUGCUGUCUACCUCUACUGAUGCGGCUAUCCGGUGGCUGUACCGCUUUACUUGGUCCGGCCUACGCUGGUUGUCGCCACACCUGCGCCCGUCCAGUGCGCCGGCCUCCCGUCUAGUCCUACCUGCCUUCAGCCUCUGUGAUCGCUGAGCCCGGCCUCAGAUCGGAC